AUGUCACUCUUACUCAUGAUACCAGCCGAGAUUCGGCUCACCAUUUUCCGCUGGACCAUUUGUUCCCUGAACACACCGCCGUCACACCCUGCAGAAGAGCAGGAAAUCCGUCAAAAGUUGCGGCAUACAGUCGGUUUCACUUAUCCGAAAAUCAAGCACCUUAGGCCCCCUAACCAUACUCUGCCGCUGCUUCUGGUGAACAGGCAGAUCUACGACGAAGUUAAAUCCCUGCUCUGCCGCCUAUCCGCAGACUACUAUGUCGACAUCAUGGUUUUCGACAUCACGGCUAAGGAGUCUGAGAUCUGGCCUACUUGGUCGGUUCCUGCCCUUCCCCAGACACAGUACAUCGACUCCAUAAACGCCACGCUUCGCAUCUUUGACCUGGUGCCCCCGAAGCCGUUGGAUGGCGCUCUUAGGCCCCAAUCCUUGUCCGAAAUUCAACUUAGCCAUGAAGAAACAUCUAUAGAAAGGGGGGAACGCCUUGAAUCUACCCAUGCCGAUCUAAAUCGGCGUAAAUUCCCAUAUCUAGGGUUGUUCUACUGGCUACUCGUGGAUAUCUUCUAUAAAGGGCCUGGGCUUCUAGCAACGGUCCGUCGUCCGCUACCGUUACCGCAAUAUAUAGUCAAAAAGCUUGUCAUCGACAUUCGGGCACCUGUAGAGACGCCAACUAAUGAGAGCAUGGUAGUUGGCGACGCCCACUACAAGGCGGCCAGAAAACUUCUGGAAAACGAUCCGGACCAUGACAAUGCACCCAUGACGCCCGAGGAAUCACUAGCGAGACUUUUGUGUGAAUUUUUCGACAGGCGGCUGGCUUUCGGUCCCAAUGGCAACAAAAUGGGCCAGCUCAUCUAUGAGCAAGUGGUAGACAGUAUCGUUUUAACACUGAACGGCAAAGAUUUCAAAGUGUUUCAGCUCGAAAGUCGGUUGAGAGAAGAGGAAGCCAAGUGGAGGGCUGGGCCACCUAACCUUAGUUACAACGCAACAGGUAAGAGACUUUCUGAGAAAUGGAUUUUGUGGGCCUAUAAGAGGCGUCAGAGUAUGAAAGAAGGACUCAAGAUUGACUUCAGUCAAAGACCCUAUGUUGGCUUCCAGUUGUGA